GAGAUCGCGAAGCUUGGAAAAGCGCGGGCAACAUCCGGGCACUUGGGGCCUCGAGCUGAGGCGUGCCUUCAGGCUUUGCUUUUCGCUGCUGGUAGCCAUGCUGAAAUGCGGGAUGAGCGGCAGUCAAGUCAAAGUAUUUGGGAAAGCAAUCCAAGCUUUAUCACGAGUUAGUGACGAGCUAUGGCUAGACCCAUCUGAAAAAGGUCUUGCUCUAAGAUCUGUGAAUUCUUCUCGAUCAGCAUAUGGAUGUAUUCUGUUCUCUCCUGUGUUUUUUCAACAUUAUCAAUGGUCAGCUUCAGUGAAAAUCAAUGAUAAAGACACAACAUUUAAUUUAAAUUGCAAAUUGGGAAUGAAGUCAAUUCUGCCCAUCUUUAGGUGUCCAAAUUCCCUUGAAAGAAAUGUAGAGAAAUGCAAAAUAUUCACCAGAUCUGAAAAGUGCAAAGUAGUUAUUCAGUUCUUCUGCAGAUAUGGUAUUAAAAGAACUCAUAAUAUAUGUUUUCAAGAAAGCCAGCCUUUGCAAGUUAUUUUUGAAAAGAAUAUGUGUUCUAAUACACUAAUGAUUCAACCAAGGUUGCUUGCUGAGGCAGUUGUUCUUUUUACAUCCAAUCAAGAGGAAGUUACUCUUGCUGUUACUCCACUGAAUUUUUGUCUCAAGAGUUCUAGUGAGGAAUCAAUGGAUUUGACCAAUUCUGUGUACAGUGAGAUGUUUGUUGGCCCAGAUGAAUUUGACUACUUUCAAAUUGGAGUGGACACUGAAAUAACAUUUUGCUUUAAGGAAUUGAAGGGAAUGCUGACAUUUUCAGAAGCAACACAUGCUCCUAUAUCUAUUCAUUUUGAUUUUCCGGGGAAGCCUCUGGCUUUAAGUAUUGAUGAUAUGCUAUUGGAAGCUAACUUUAUUUUGGCUACAUUAGCUGAUGAGCCAAGUAGGGCAUCUUCGCCACAAUCACUAUGUCUUUCACAGAAGCAGAAAAGGUCAGAUGUAAUGCAGUCAAAUUCAAAGGCUGAUGAAAAGGUAACCAGCCAGGCACUGGAGUGUCUCUCGAGAAAAGCAGCACCCAAAAGGCUUUAUCCUGAGGAGACUUCCACAAAUAUCUCUGUGGCGGCAAACCAUGGGAGCCCUGUAAUGAAAAGAACGGCUGGAGACAUUAGUAAAGUACCAGAGAGCGGUGUCAGUGACACAGAGGAAGUAUUCAGGUCUCCAUAUCUCAGGAAGUUUUCUUGCAUGUUCUUUGGAGCAGUUUCUUCUGACCAGCAAGAGCACUUCAACCACUCUCUCGACAGUCUGACAAGAGCAAGUGACAGUGACGAGGACAUGAAUAAUGGCAGUUUUUCUACAUUCUAAAUGCUUAAUGAUGGCUGAGUUGGCCACCAGCCCAGUGACUAGCUCAUUGCACCUCAAGCUCGAGGUUUCCCAUUUAGUGUGUAGUCCUGGACUUCCUUGAAACGGAGUAUGGGCUUCUGCUUUACUAAAGGGCAUUAUCUGGUACAACACCCAUUUCUAGAAAUAGCUGCUUGUCAAGUGUAUGUAAUUAGCUUUAAAUCCAUUAUGCUAUUAUACUUGGGAAGCACAAGAGUUUUCUGUG